GCGCGCCGCCAUUGGCUGCGGCCGUCACGUGCGCGGCCGCUCCGGGUGUCGCGAGUUGCGGAGUCCGGUACAAAGUUGCCGCGAGGCGCCGGGACGCGACGUCGACCCCCCCGCAGCGGCGCCAGGCGGGCUCCGGACCGUCCCCAGGCAGGAGCAGGCAUGGCGGAGCAACCCGGCUCCCGGGACUCGGACAGCAGCUGGGUGAUGGCCGGCACCGAGGGUUUGCGGGUCGAAACGAUGGGCCCGGAGCAGGGAUCGGCCUCCCACGCGCCGGAGGAUGAGGAGCCGGAAGACGACGGCACCCGGGACGCGGCGGCAGGCGCGUGGCUAUCGCAGGGACCCGCGUCCCAGGACGCCCCCUCCCCAGCAGCUCCCGGGCUCUCCGCGGCGGUGGCAGCUGCCCUCAGCGGGGACGACGAGGCCUCUGUCCCCGGCCGGAGCCGGGGCCCCGAGGAGAGCGAGCUGCAGGACUCGGACGAGUGCCCGGGCCCCGCCGGGGGGGCAGCGCCCACCCUGCCCGGCUCUGCGGCGCCCGGCGCCCCCGACGGCACCUCCCCGGACGGCUGCGCCCAGGGGGAGCCCGAAGCCAAGGCCGAGCUGGGACCCUGCCCCGACACCCGCGCAGCAGGGCCGCGGGCCGAGGAGGGGAGCUGCACCAGCAGCGACGACGACGUGGAGGGGCUCCGGAGGCGGCAUGUGCACGAACCCCGUCCCGGACCCACCCCCCCCGGGCCCCCCCCGCGCCGGGGGGCCCCGGACGCCGGCGAUGAGGAUGGGCUCAACAUGAGCAAGUACCUGCUGGGCGCCCUGGUGCUGGUAGCCAUGGGGCUGCUGCUCGUCUCCGGCGGCAUCUACGACCCGGCGGACGGCCCCGCGGAGAGCGUGGUGACCCGGGACGUCGCAGACGGGGAGCCGGAGUCGCCGCUGCCUGCCGAUGGCACGGACUCACCGCAGAAGCCCCCGCCGGACGCCGGGGACCCCCAGAGCAUGCAGUCCGUGAGCCUCCUCUUGGACCGGCUGGCCAAGGAGAACCAGGACAUCCGGCUCAUGCAGGCCGAGCUGCAGGCGCACAAGGAGGAGCUGCAGGCACUGCUGCGCAAGAGCGAGGGCGAGGCGGCGGCGGCCGGGGCGCAGCAGCAGAGCCUGGCAGCGGAGAACGCGCAGCUCCGCGCGGCGCUGCAGGAGGAGGCCGCCGCGCUGCGCCGGGCCCAGACCGAGCUGCAGCACCUGCGGGCUGCGGGGGCCCCCGGCGGCCCCCACGUGCCGGAGGCAGAGCAGCCCCACGGCCCGGGCGCCGCAGCUGGCGAGGAGCCUGCGGCACGGCACGGGGGGGCCGGGCAGCGCGGCUCGCUGGCCUCGGCGCGGCAGGAGCUGGCGGACGCGCUGGAGCGAGCCCGGGCCUCGGGGAACCUCGAGCAGCUCCUGGAGGAGCUGGGCGCCCUGGAGCAGCGCCUGGGCCAGGAGGCGCAGGCGGGGGGGGCCGAGCCCUUCCCCAGGCACUGGAAGAAGCCGUUCAAAGCCGACAAGAAGGAGAGCAAGCGGCACAAGCGGCACGGUGCCGGGGAGGCCCCCCACGAGCCGGGCGAGCGGGGCGGCAGGGAGAAGGGGGAGCAGGGCAAGCCCCCCGGGCACAAGAGGGACCCCCGGCCCCCACGGGAGCACAAGGCCGGCAGGGCCGGGGGGAAGGCGUCACACGGGGCGCCCCAGCACAGCCCACGCGAGCUGCCCCCGCUGAGCCGCUACCGGGCGCCCCAGGGCUGCUCGGGGGUGGCCGACUGCGCCCGCAAGGAGGGCCGGGAGGUGCUGGGGGCGGCGCUGGAGCCGGUGCAGAAGGCGCAGUUCCUGCAGCUGCUGCAGGGCUUCAUGGGGCGCCUGGGCUGGGGGGGGCACUUCGCGGCGCUGGCCGCGCGGCUGGAGGGCGUCUUCGGGGCCGACGGCACCUUCGCCCACGACCGCCUGCGCUUCACGGACUUCGUGGACGACGUGGAAGAGCUGUUGGAGGACCUGGCGCGGCGCGAGCAGGGUGACAGGAAGGCGGCCGACGGCUUCGAGGAGUUCGUGCUGCGGCACUACGCCGGGGACAGCGGCUUUGUCAAGAAGGAGCGCCACAGGAAGGGCUCCCAGCAGCACAGAGGGGCCAGCCCCCCACGGGCCCCCGAGGGCCGCCCGCGCGGGUAGAGCCGGGCAGGCUGCGUAGCGCGUAGGGGGCAGCCGGCCCCGUUGCAGGUGUCUGUCUAAUGCACUGUGUCCUGCCCCACAGGCCCCAGCCUGCGCGGGGCUGCGGCCCCAGCGGGGCCGUUGUUGGGGGCUCAGUGGGGCUGCGGUUGCUCCAUGCGCGGUCGUAGAGCCCCGGGCGCCGAGCCGCGUGGCUCCGGGCUCCCCCUGCCCCGUCCCAGCCGUCCCGGGCACCACAGGCCCGGGCAUCACCGCACGCUGUGUGAUGCCGCACUGCCGUAGAUGCAAUAAAGUCACCGCUGGGCAA